UUUUGAAAGAAUGUAAAUAAAGUGGUCCUCGUGUAAACUGGAGACUCCGUGUUUAUUAUUUUGUAGUUUCAUACAGUAUAGGCGACAUUUAUAAACCCUCGGUUACAUUUAUAUGUAUACUUUCACCGAAAAAUAUAUCGAACAUCGAGUUUAAGUAAAAAUAUAUCGAGAUAUGCUUUUUCGUCCAUAUCGCCCAGCCCUACUUCUAAUUGAUUCACAAUAGAUAAUAAUACAUUAACUAUUGUGUAAAUAUGAAGGAAAUUGUGUAUUACCAAUGCCUAGAAAAAUAGGGCGUCCCGUAAAAACAAACCGGAAUUCAGCAUGUCGUCAAAAAUGGCGGAUGUUUCAGCCAAAAGACAACAGGACCUCGAGGCAACAAAUGAAUUAUCGCAACGAACCAAGAAGGCGAAGUCAGACUGUGAAAAUGAUCGGGGAGAGAAUGGAAACGAAACAAAUGUCCUGUCUGGCUUUCAAAGCACCGCCGUGUUGAGUGAUUCUGCGAGGGAGAAAACCAUCUUCGUCCAUGGGAAGCUUGCUGAUCAGAAUGCCGUGGUCCUCCUGGAGAAGACUCCCAUCAGGGAAGACGCCCUGGCUGAAAUCUUCACUGCUUCCACUCUGAAGUUACAGAUGAGGAAUGACAUCUACAGCACCUACUCUCUCCAUGCGCCACCACACCUCAAUGAGAUCAAGGCGACUGUGAUGUGUCCAGCUACUGAGAAGCAUGUGAAGAAAUACCAGCGUAAGGAGAGUUUCCUUGUGGAGGAAACGGCAGAGGACUACGAGUCCAUCACUCUGCCUUACAUACAGAAGCAGAGUUUCAGUGUGCAGUGGGUGUACAACAUCUUGGACAAGAAGGCAGAGUCUGAGCGGAUACUGUUUGAAGAUCCACACCCUAAGCUUGGUUUUGUCCUCCUUCCAGAUUUCAAAUGGGACCAGAAGCAGCUGGAUGAUUUGUACUUGAUGGCCAUCACACAUCAAAGAGACAUCAAGAGUCUGAGAGACCUGACAUCACAGCAUUUACCCCUGCUCGAAAACAUACUCCAGAAAGGACAGGAGGUCAUUCUGAAGCACUACAGCCUUCCAGCCAGUAAGAUGAGAAUCUACCUUCACUACCAGCCGUCCUAUUACCACCUCCACGUCCACUUCACCAAGCUGGACUUUGAGGCGCCAGGCUGCCGUGUGGAGCGCGCACAUCUCCUCGCAGAUGUCAUUCAGAACCUCCAGUCUGACCCCAACUACUAUAAAACACGGAAUCUGUACUUUCCUCUUCGGGCAGAUGACGGGCUGCUCAGUCAGUUUAAGGAAGCUGGGAGAUUGUAACGCUCUACCCGUUGAGGAUAAGACACUUUUUUCUAUUUUCAGUAUUCCUUUUAACUAGUGGGACUCAAUUCAGACAUUUUUUUUCCUCAAUUGUGAUUAUAACUACAAACACUUGUGUGUGAAAUUAUUUUUUUAGCUGAAUCAGGGAAUAAAAACAUAGCUGUGUC